GGGAAAUAAAGAAGAGGACGGACAGAAUUGGAUGGAAAAGCGAGUCUGAACUGAAUAAAAAUCCAAAGGAAACAAGACAAAGUUUUUAACGGGCAGUCAGCAACAUACUAGACGCCGCAUCAGCAGCUACAGCUAAAGCAGCAGCAGCACCAGCAGCAGCAGCAGCACUAGCACUAGCACUAUACUACUCCAUCAGAAACAAGAGGGGCUAGAGAUUCUCUGAUGAGAUCGAGGCGUUUGGAUUUGGACGACCACGAGCACGACGACGACGACGACUAUUGCGGGCGCGACGGCUGAUUCUACACCGAGGAGCAUAGCCAGCAACAGAGCUCCAUAGCAAGCCAUUGGAGUAGUAGAGUAGAGGAGGCACGACUGACAUUAACAACAGCAGCAGUCGCAGCAGUAGCACCAAGUGAAGCAGCACUCUAGCAACACACGGAACGCGGCGCACACAACCGGGCUUUCGUUGGUGGUGGUUUUUGUAUCGUGAACAGUAGGUACAAAAAAAAUAUAUUGCAAAAAAAUAAAAGAAGGCAAAAAAAAAAACGCAUUGGUCUCGUAUACACCGACUGACUCUGGACUGCUGCGUUGCGGGGUUCUAAUCCACAAAACGUUCGGAACGUCAGUAGUGUCGUCAGUUCGAUACAAGUCGCUGCUGCCUGCUCUCUAGAAAUAUCAUUUUCGGUUAGUAACAUUUUUGAACAAAACAAAUUUAAAAAAAAAACUAGAUAUUCAAAAUAUCUAAAGAGACAAAAAUUGCAUUCUGAGAGUCGAAAUUUUAAACAGCUAAAUUUAAUUCAAAGAAAAAUAAUAUUUGUUUCAAUGCAAAGUUUUUAAAAGAAGUGAAGUGCAAAAAAGAAAAUAUCGCGAUAAAAGGAAGCAUAAAUGUUGACGUUUAAAUUAAAGAAGAAAUAAAAUAAAAAAUUGCAAAAAAAGAUAAAAAUAUGCAUACCUAACUGUUUUUAUUUUUAUACAAAUUAAAAAUGAGAAAUAUUACUAAAUAUUUAUGCAACAAAACUAAAUAAUCAAACAAACAAAAAAGGAAAAAGAUUAUUUUUAAAUCUAAAACAAAAAAACAAAAAACUUCAAAAAAAGUACGGCGUAUGUCCUUUUUUUGGCCAGGAAAACAAAAAUUAUUAAAUUUGAAACUAAAGAAAACAAUUAUUAAAAAAAUCAAGUGCGGAGAAAAAAUUUAGUAAAUAUAUUUCAUCAAAAUUUGCAAUUUAUAAAUCUUUUAUACCUAAUUUUCUCAUUCGGAUUUCGACGACGUGGUUUUUACAUUUGCGUGGGUGAUUUUUUUGGAUUUAAUUUUCUCCAUCUUCUCUAAAUUUUUAAUUUCAAGUAUCUUAAAAAAAAAUAAAGUUACCAUUGUGCUUUAGUUUGAAAAAUAAUUUUGAAAAAUCAAAACAAAAAUUGUUUAACUAUUUCGGGCACGAAAAAGUAAAUUUCAAUUACAUAAUUUGUGUUUACUGUUUGUUUAUUUUUCAAAGGAAAACAAAAAACAAAUCUAAACAUCCGAAAGAAAAACGGAUUUCCGGUUAAAUGUUUUUUUUUGUUGUUUUACUAAAAUGUUUCAUAAAAUAAUUUAAUGUGUGAACGGACUUUUUCGCAACAUUCAAAUAUCUACACAACUUUAUUGCUAUUAUAGAAAAUCUAAUGGAAAAGGAUUAUCUUGGAAUUUUCACAUCAAAAAGUUAUUUUGAUUCGUUUCUUUUUUUCAUCUCUGCACACAAAAGUUUAUAAAAAUAAACAAAGGACAAAAAGGAGCAACAGGAGGCUAAAAAUACAAUUAUUAAACAUAUAAAAAAAACUGAUCAAUUCAACAAUACAACAUUAACAACAAAAAAAAAGUAAAAUUAAUUAAUUUGGUUUGUAAAAUUUGUGGGCUCAAUAAGGAUUAGUAGCAGUAUAGUUGCAUCAGCCGCACUCUCUCUUUCUCACUGCGUCACCGCGCGCCGCCACCAACGCUGUUGACGCUAUACAAAUCGUGUGUAGUAUUGUAGAUAAUAACGGAGAAAUCUGGCAACACGGCCAAGAAAAAUUACUAUCUUAUGGAUUGCUGGACGGGUAACGCCCGACUGGCGAGUGUUCUAGUUUAAGCAGCGUAAGCUGUCACCGACAUGGGCAGUGAGCACUACUGCUUGAGGUGGAACAAUCAUCAAUCCAACCUGUUAGGGGUGUUUAGUCAAUUAUUACAGGACGAGAGUCUGGUGGACGUCACGUUAGCUUGUUCUGAGGGCGCCCCCAUCAGAGCCCAUAAGGUGGUCCUCUCGGCCUGUUCAUCAUAUUUCCAGAGCCUAUUUCUGGACCACCCCGAACGACAUCCAAUUGUGAUAUUGAAGGACGUCCGUUUCACCGAAUUGCAAACUUUAGUUGAAUUCAUGUAUAAGGGCGAGGUGAACGUGCAAUAUUGUCAGCUAUCUGCAUUGCUGAAGACUGCUGAAUCGUUAAAGGUUAAGGGCUUGGCAGAGAUGACAAAUCAAAAUACCGCCUUGCGAGAACCUGAACGUGAACCGGACCGCUUGCGGCCACACUCACAACCAAAACCAUCAACCUGCGAUAGCCCCUUAGGCGGUUCAGCUUCAGCGCAUUCAGCUGCCAACUCAACAACAUCGUUGCAUCAUAAUUCAUUGCAAUCGUUGAAACGUGAAAGUAGUGCUGCGGAACGCUGCAGUGUGUCGCCUCCAAAGCGACUGCAACAAUCCUCUCCUGUACCGCUAGACCUCUAUCAGAGGCGCUGCCCUAGCAAUAGUUGUGGUAGUAGCGGUGGCGGUGGUGUUGGUGGCGUUGGAAGUGGCAGUGGUAGUGGUGAUAUGUCAUCCAUCUCUAUUGGCGGCGGCGGCAGCGGUGGCGGUGGUGGUGCAGCGCGAACAUCUAGCAAUAUUAGCAACAAUAAUAACAGUAAUAUUAGUAGUAAUAGUAACAACAAUAACGAUGAUCCUCUGCAUCAACAUUUACUGCACCACCAUCAUCUGCAGCAGCAACAACAGCAACACCACUUGGUUACCUCGCCCCCAGAAGACCACGAUCGUGACAGACCAAGUUCCCCAAACGAUGACAAUUCUUCAAAUGACCCGCACUCAAUUGGCAUCAAUAUGAGUCUGAGUGCGAGUACUGCCGCCGCUGCAGCAUCAAAUAGUAGUCAACAAUCGUCAACCUCACAAUCGGUGGUUGUUCCUCCUGUCAACUCCUCGUCCAGUACGUCAACUGCGCCGUCAGCAUCUGCAGCCAGUGUUGCCACAGCAUCAUCCUCUUCUUCUGCAGCAAUACCAUCGGACCUCACGAAUCGAUCACCAUCCCGCAGUAGCGUUGGUAUCGUUGAUCGUCCAAGUAGUAGCGGCAAUCUACCACCAUCCUCUCUAACGCACACGGCCACUUCAUUGUCCAGCAGGCUGGCAAGUCCAACACCAGCUGGAAGCAGUUCCAGCACCAGUGGCAGUGGUGGUGGCGGCAGUAACGUUGGCGGAAGCGGUGCAGAUUCUAUGGCCGGACCAUCGGGCCUCGGGCCCGUGCAAUCGGUUCCACUGCAGCAUUUUUUGUUACAGUCUUUGAAAAAGGAAAUCGAUUGGGACCGCAACGACGAGAAGAUGUCAUUUGGCAGCAGCGGUGGCGGUGGUGGAGGUGACCUCGAUUACCGCACGUCACACGAUUCGGUUGUUGAUUCGGAGCACAUAAUACCAAAUUUUGUUCGUUCGAUAACAGCUCAUCAAACUAAUAGAUGUCCUACUCCGUUUGCUUUUCCUUUUACACCACUUGGUCUAAGUCUAUUCGAUACAGAUCCGUCCAGAAUAUUAAGCAUGCUACACCAUCAGACGCUAUUAGCGGAGGAAGCCUUGAGAUACCGAGGUCUUCUAUUCGCGCCCAAAGAUCAUCCGCUCCGUUUCAACUCAAUAAGUGAUAUACUCCCAAAAGACCACCAGGAACUAAUGUCCAAACGUUCUCCAACAACAAUGUACAAACAAUUGAAUAAUAAUAAUAAUAAUAACAACAACAAUAACAACAACAACAAUACUAAUCAUAAUAAUCGCUAUCCGUCGGCUAUAAGCAUUUACCAACAUCACCAGCAUCACCAUCAUCAUCACCAACAGCAGCAGCAACAUCAACAACAACAAUUCCAUCAGCAAAAACACCAUCAUCGUGAUGCAUCACCAAUGGCAAUUUCAAUGGCAACAACAACAAAUCCAACUCCAUCGCCACAACUCCAAUACACAAAAGAUACGCUCCUCGAAGAGCUAAAGCGUAAGUCCGAAGAAACCGUCCAAAGGGAAGAGGAAGAAAUUGAAAUGCUUGAAAAUGGUGGCGGCAGCAGUAGUUUGAGCACCAGUUCUAAUUUGCUAAGUGCUCUUGGCGGCAGUGGCAGUCUUACGUCCAAAGAAACUCUCGGUCAAUAUUUACGCCGUCGCUCGAGUUCAUCGCUGGCCGAUGGACUGCGCUAUGGCACCGGUCAUUUGUCGAGUACCGAAACGUCCAGUUGUAAGGAGAAAAGUUCCUCAUCAUCUACCUCGUCGACACCGCCGCCUCUACUACAGCCACCGCCAUCAACGUCCUCGUCCUCAUCAACGUCCACUUCGUCAUCGGCUGCUCAUCUUAAAUCGCUCGCCGAUGCCGCACUCUUUUCUGAGCCCAUUGAAGAGGAGACCCGCUGUGUGGUCUGCAACGCCAACUUUCCCAAUGUCUGGCUGCUCGAGCAACAUGCCGCUUUGCAGCAUGCCAAUAUGGGUCCGAACGAUGAGAAGCCCUUCAUAUGCGAACAAUGCGGCCAAUCCUAUCGCUAUAGGUCAGCCUAUGCCAAGCACAAGGAACAAAAUCACAGAGCUCGACUGCCAGCCGAUAAGCUAUUUACUUGUGAUGUCUGUGGAAUGCAAUUUAGAUAUUUGAAGUCUUUCAAGAAGCAUCGCUUGAACCACGCCCUAGAGAGGCUACAUGGCAAGAAGGAUCGCAAGAAUGCAGAUAGCUGCCAGGAUGUGGUGACCAGCUCGAAUGAACAUAUGCCCGAAGAGGGUUGUGAUUUAAGGAUCAAUAUAAAACGUGAGAACGAAGAAGAAGAACAGGAUAAUACAAUUGAUUCGGCUGGCGGAAUGUAUCAUGAUGGCGCCGGAAGUCACAUGCUGGAGCAGAGUAUUACCAGCUCCGAAGGAAUCCAUAGUACAAAUAAAAGGCAUCGUCUAAUUUCGCCCAUGGAAUCGGAACCCUCCCACCCAACAACAUCGAUCAAUAGCCUCAUCAAUGCCGAACGUAUUCCAAGCGAGCAGUUCCUCGGCCUUAAUCCGCAAGAAGCGUCCAUUUUGAAUUUCUUGCGUGUAGAUGCAGCUGAAAGGCAACGUGACAAAAGACCGCAAUCAUCACGUUUCGCAUGUCCGUUCUGUGGCAAGUGUGUUCGUUCAAAGGAAAAUCUUAAAUUACACGUUCGCAAACACACCGGCGAGCGGCCAUUUGUUUGUCUCUUCUGUGGCCGGGCAUUUGGCGGAAAAUCCGAUUUAACUCGCCAUCUUCGAAUUCAUACCGGUGAACGUCCAUACCACUGUGAAUCGUGUGGUAAGUGCUUCGCUCGAGCCGAUUACCUCUCAAAACAUCUUACAACGCAUAUUCACAAUGCUCCACGCUGAGAUGAGGCGCGAAGGAGACGACUCCUUCGCAGAUAAUUAAAAUUAUUAAUACAACAAAAUGAAGGCAUGUAAAUCAAAUAUUUAAAAAAAAAAUAUUAAACUACCUACCAAGAAAAAUAUUAUGUUUUUUUUGUUAACAAAAACUAAAACAAAAACUAAUCUCUUCUUUUUGGAUAAAAUUUUUAAAAUAAUAUAAAAAAAUGCUAAUUUAAAAAAAAAAAUAUAUUUGUUUAAAAUUAAGGAUUUGCAAUUUAAAAGCAAACACAAAAAUUAUAUAUACGUUUGACACAAAAUUAAUAAUCAAUCUGUUUAUAUAUAUUUAAAUACAAAAUUUGUUAAAUUAAACUAAAAUGUAUAAGUGUGUAUAAUCUAGGUAAAAUUUUAAUUCACAUUUUAAAAAGAAAAAACAAAAACAUAGUUUCGGAUAUUUUAUUAUAAAAAAAAAUUGAAAUUAGGAUAAGAUAUUAAUUUGUUUAUAUGAAAAAUUUGUUUUGAUAUCAAUGAAUGAUGAUUUAAAUUUAAUUUAUUUUAUUGCAAAUAAGUAAAUGAAUUUAAAUACGAACAUUAUUUCCCUUAAAAUUACUUACACGAAAAAAUGUUAUUGUCCCUAAAAUAAUUUUAAUUAUUUUUUAAUAGUUCAAGUAAAAAUGAUUUCUUAAAACAGAACCUAAUCAUGGAAUUUCAACAAACAGCUUCUGUUAUAAAAAAGGUCUCAACAUUUCGCACUCAAUACGAUGUAUUCUUUAAUAAUAUUAAUUUACUCAUUAAAUCUAGUACUUUUCUUUAGUCUUUGAUUAUUAGUAGUUAACUACAUUUUUAUUUGAAUUAAUAUCUAAAGCUUGAGGUUUCAUUUUGAAUAAUCUGCUAUUUGGGCAGUUGUCAUUUAUUGACAUUUCACAAGGAAAAACUCCGCUAUUAAUAAAAACAGAACAAUGCGCCCUUUAAUAAAGUACUAACAUUUUUAAACAUUUAUUUGUUAUUUUCAUGGUUCUGUUAUUUUUCGAAGUUGCGUUCGCAAGAGUUAUUGUGAUUUCACAUCUUCAGACUUUUUUCUUUGGAGCAACGUAAAAUAUAAGAUGUAUUCCAAUGAUUCACAAUCGAUUCAAAACCUUAAAGAUGGAAUUUCGGGAAAUUAUCAAUUUUAAUUUGUUACUGGCAUGAAAUACAUUUACAAAAUCAGAAUAAUUAUACUUUUCAAUAAAACUAGUGUUCUUUUUUUUUGCUAUUUAACGAAAAUUAACUACAAUAUAUUCAAUUUAACUGUCAAAUGAGUAUCAAAUAUUUCCUUUUUUCAAAUAAAAUUGAUUUAUUCACAAAUAUUUUCGCAAGCUUUCGAAAUAUCUCGUCUAAUACACAUACUUAGGUUUGAUUUUUAAAGUCCCCUUAGCUAACUACUCAUAACCUUCUUGGUUAACAUGUUGAGAUCAGCUUAAUAUUGUUUUUUACAACUUAUUUAUAACAUAAUGUAUGAUUAUUUUGAAAUUAUUAAUGCAAAUAUAAUCACUUUUCACGAUUUUUCAAAAAUAUGGACAAAUUAAAUGUUUUUUUUUGUCAAUGUUUAAAAGGUAAUUUUUUUAAUUUUAAACUUACUUUUAAUAAUUUAAAAAAAAAACAUACAUAACUCGAAUUCUUGUACGUUUUUCUAAAAAUUACACUGCCAAAUAUUCAAACAAAAAAUGCAAGACAGGAUAAGAUUUAGUUUGGAAUAAGAUUAAGUUUUAAAUAAUGUCAGAUUUAAAGUUAAAACUGACAUUUAAAAAUAUGUUAAAGUUGUUAAGGUACACAAUUCAACUAAAUGGCUCCGGUGAAUUUCGUAUGAAUACUUUCUCGAAAUUAUAGUUCGAAAUGUUUCAAAAUCCUUUCUUCGUUUAUUUUAUACCUUAUCAAUUUUAAUGCAAAAAAAUAAAAUAAGUUUCUAUAUUUUUUUAUUUGAUGCGGUGGUUUUUAAACUCAAAAUCAUUGAUAUUAAAAUAAGUUUUCUGUAUAAAUAUUUUAUAAAAUUAAGUGUAAAUUUUAAAUCAAAAUUAAAAAAAAAAUUGGUGUGUGGGUCAAAAUUAAAAAUUCAUAGAUUAGGUAUAUAUAUUUUGUUUAAAUUUUUCUUAAUAAAUUUAAUUUUUAUAAAAUUCUAAAUUUUUUUUAAAUAAGUUUCUUAUAUUUAAAAAUGUGUUCUUCGUUUAGUAGGUAUCUAAAAACAAAAACAUAAAACACACAUGUGUUUAAAAUUUUAUUUAAAAAAAUCUAUACAACAUACAUAUACAUCACGGUUGAGAGUUUGUUUUCAAAAAAGAUUAAAAAUUAAUUAUUAAAAGUUAAUAAAUAUAAAAGUCAAACUCAAAAGAAAAAACUUCAACAAAACAAAAGAAGAGAUAAAACUACUUAAGACAAAAAACAUUUCAAAAACAAAACAAUCUUUGGUUUCAACAAUAUCUAAUGUAAACAAAACAAAACUUUUUUAGCAAUAGAUUAAAACAAAACCAACUACCGAAAAAAAAAUGAUUUCUAUUACAAAUUUAUUUACAACAAACAUAAUACAAAAACAAAAACCUCUAUAGACAAACAAAAAAAUAGCAAUUUUAAAAUAAACUUAAUGUUAUAUAUUACAAUUUUUAUUGUUAUAUUUGAAUAAAACUAUUUACACAAAAAAUAAAAAGAAAAUAAAACAAAACGCGCCAAUAAACAACAACAAAAACAAUAGCUUAGAUAAUAUUUAUUAAAUGUAUACAUAAAGUGCCCUCCCCCCACGAAUAAAACAAAACAAAAAUCAAUAGACCUAGAGUUCAUUUUUCUAUUAUUUAUUAAAAAAAAAACAAUAAAAACAAAUUUAAAACAGUAUAAAUAGAACAUCAAUGAAAUUAUAUAUUGAAAAUUAACAAUUAAGCAAUUUAUGUGUACCACUGAUUGUAAAUUUUUCUUAUAAUAUAUAUAUUUAAAUGUUAUUAAAUGUAAUUUUUUUCUCUGACAAAAAAAAAUUGUUAACAACAAUUUCAGCUAUGAUUUUCAUCUUUUGUUUUUUUGCAACAUUCUAUACUUUAAAAUACAAACUGUUAACUUAAAAAAUAAUUACAAACUGUGAUUUCUACACUGCAAUAGUACUACUACAACUAAGGAAAUAAGUUACUAAUACAAUAAUACUACAAUAACAAAACAUAAUUACUAAAGAAGCAUACUUAUAUUAUAAAUUGCUACGCUAAGCCCUCCUAUUGAAGAUAAGUUUGUUAGCUAUGUUCAUGUCCAAAAACACAAUUUGUUUAAAAAUAAAAAUAGUUCCACAAAAAAAUAGAGAUAAAAUUUAUAAUUUGUUAUAUAAUUAGCACAUUAAAAACUCACUUAAUAAUACAAUAAAAUAAUAAUAAGGACAGAAAUCCUUAACAAAUAUAACUAACAAUAUUUUAUUUAAAAAUUAAACUAAAUAGAUACAAAAUCAAAAUAGCAAACAGAUUUAUCUUCAACCGCCUAAACAAUAAAAUAGAAUAAAAUAAAUUUUCUACAAACAAAAUACAUAAUGUAUUAUUUUAUUACAAUUUUUUAAUAGCAAAUUGAUUUAUAUUUUGUAAUCUUCAACAUAAAAAUAAAAACUUGUUUCAAACUUAAAAAUAAAAACAAUAAAACAACAAAAAAAAAAAACAAAACAUGUAACAAAUACUCUGAACCAAGAACAUCGAAUACCAUGUAGUUUCAAUAUUAUAAACUAAAUCUUAACUUAACAAUUGCCGAACCAAUAAAAAGAAAAGAAAAAUAUAUACAUAAAUAUUAUUAACAAAAAAAAUAUAAUAACAAAUUACAAACAUGAACCCGAAGCAAAAGUUCACAAAGUAAAAAAUAAUAAAUAAAUACAAACAAUAUUUAUUAAAAAACAAAAAUAAAAACAUGUAAAAAGCAAAAGAAGAACAAAACUUUCACUGUGCCAAAAUAUGAUGUACCUCAUAAAAAUAGUAAUUUUAAACUUAACAAAAACAAAAAACAAAAUAAAAAAAACACUAAACCUAAAGAAAUCAACAAAAAAUAACUAUGUUGAAUUAAAUGUUAAAUACAACAAUAGUAAAAAUAUUAAAAAAUAGAAUUAAAAAUACAUAAGAAAUAAAAAUAAAACAAACACAGUGCAACACACAAUUCAUAAACAACAAAAACAAAAUAAUUUUAUAAUUUUACACAAUAUUCAAACAAAACAAAAGCAAAUAUACAUAAAUGUAUUUUUUAUUUAUUUUUAUAAAUCAAAUUUUAUUCAAAAGAAAAUAUAAAACAGAACAAUAUUAGUGUUUUGUUGAAAACAAGAAUGUAAUAGAUUUUUUUUUCAAAAGGAGUAGAAUAGCGAAAAUGCAUUAAAAUAUGGAUGAUUUCGUUACAAUUCUUUACAGUUAAACAACAAAAAAAAGAUUAUAAUAUUAUAAAUUAUUUCUUCUUUUAAAAAAUAUUAAUUUUUUUAUUAUUUAAUUUAAGUUUUCUGUUUGUAUAAUUUUUUUUUAAAUUUUUAAAUAAAUAUAUCAUUUUGUUAGAUUAGUUUUGUUAAGAUGCUGUGAAUUUUAUUAAAGAAAAACAAAAAUAAAUAAAUAUAUGUAUACAAAAAUGCACAUUAUAUAAUAUAUUAUACACUUAUAUUUUUCCUUGAGUUAUAUAUACUUAAUAAUAUAUUCUAAAUAAAUUUAUUUUAUUUUUAUAUUGUUUGUAGUUUUAUUUUUUAUUUUUGUUUUUUACUUUUUUGUUUAUGGUUUUGUGAUUUUUUGCCUGUUUUUUUAUUAGAUAUUAUGAUGGCUUAAAAAUCAAUUUUUGUUGACAUAUUAAUAUUAUCAUCCCACUUUUGCUAGCAUGAAUGACUUUUUGGGCAGCAGGUCUAAUUUUCAAAUAAGCAUUAUUUCUAUAACCGCACUUCACGAAUGUGGAAUUCUUUAACCAGCUUAAUAUUUUCCUCUUUCUACAAUGCGUUUAUGUAGGCAUUGAAAACCAAUUUGUAUCGGUAUCACUUUUUAAAUUCUUACUUCAUUUCUUAACUUCUGGAACUGUCAUUAAACAUAAUAAGGGUGUUCAUAACCCCUAAAGUGAGCGCUCAAAGGUGUGUAUGACUACACAUGACAUAGGGCUAAGAAAAUUAUCUUAAACUUAACGAUUUUGUAAGACAUAAAUCUGAACUGCAUUUCAUUAUUUUUCUUAUUAUAACUAUCCGUAAUUGAGGGCAAAGUAAAAGUCUAAUAAUAUCCCCCCCCCCCCUUUAGCCAUUAGGCAAAAAUACAGAUUCAAUCGCAACCUGAACGGUACGUCUUAAAAGUUGAUAAACCUCCGAAGCCAAUUUCAAUUGAAAUUAAAAUAUGACUUAAGGUUACAUUCCUUAGUUUAACAUGGCCCAUGGGCCAUAAAUUAUACUUUGACAUUUAAAAAAAAAUAGGACUCGAGUAAUGUAAGAUAUUUCCAGGUUAUAACUUCUAAAUUUUAAGAAAUUCCAAUUGAAAAUCAAAAACUAUUAAUCACCAAAUUUCAAAUUCUACACUUCAAAAGUCAAAAACCUCAAAAAGUAUGCUUGUUCUAUUAUUCAUUACGUGGGGAGCUAAAGAAAUUGAUUGGGGGAGGUGUUCAAAAACCAUGUUAUUAGAAAAAAAUUAAUUAUCAAAAAUAAAAAAAAAACUCGCCAAAUCCAUAGCGAAAUUGAAAUGAUAUAAGGUCAAAUAUUUAACCCCUUUCCCAACACCAAACUUGAAAAGAUAAAAAGGAAAGGAAACGUUUUUUUUUUCAUAAUUUUCUUGAAACAUACAAGUUUCGAAAGCUAAUAACAGGAAAAUUGUAUUUGUACUAUUUUGUUUGCAAAAAAUGCCUUUAUAUCAGCUGUCAAUUAUAAGUUCAUUUAAAAUAAUGUUUUCAACUUGAAAUGAGAGAUAUUAUGCUGGAAAUACCCUCCUUUUAAAGGUUUUAACAUUCUUUUCAAAUUAUCAUAAGACUGGCGAACGACUCGUUAGUUAUGAAACACCAAAAGCCUCGAAAACCGCUUUUUCGUUACUAUCUCCGUUUCUUUAGUCUAAUGGUAUGAGCAAUUGUACCAAAAUUGAAAGAAAAUUUGCUUAGGUGUUUAUUUUAAUAAAGUUUUUCAUACGCUCAACUUUUUCAAGUAUAAAUGAAAUAAACGCUCAACACUAUUUUUAAAUAAAUAAAAUGUUGGUAAAAAAUUAAAGUCUAUGAAAAAAGAGACUUGCAGUCUAUCACGACUUUUUACACAAAGUUAAACACCUAAAGGAAGGUUUGAAAAAAUUUCCAGCUUACUAUCUCUCAUUACGAGUUUGACGAACUUUUUCCCCUUAUUUUACUGGAAAUUGAAGAGAGUCCAAGAAGCUUAAAAACCCAAUAAGGCCACCACCAAUUAAACAAAAAAUCCUAAGAACUUAAUUCAUUAGUCAUUUUUUGAUUUUAUGUGUAGCACUUCCUCACGUUCUUACUGUUAGAACUACGACAGAGUUUCAGACAGGUUUAGCACAAUUUUCGUUUUGUGAAGAUUUUUUAAAAUCGUAAAACAAUUUCAAAAUGAUUUUUAAAUUUGUUUGAGUCAAAAAUCUUUAAAAUUAGAUCAUUCGUUUUUCAAAAACCAAUGGAACUGGACGAUAACAACAUAUGAGAUUCUGAAACACUUGCGAUAUAAUUUAUAUAAAUAUAUAUGUCAUUUUGAUUAAUGGAAUCAAACGUGUUUCUAAAAAUUUUCAAAAAAUAUGUGGUCAAAAUGGUUCUCGUCCUUCAUAUGGACAAAGUUAUUGAAAUUGAAAACAUUUAUUUUGAUUUUGUUAUUAUUUAAAUGAAAGUAUUAAUAUAAGUUUAAUUGCUUAUAUAAAUAUUUAGUGGUAUUUAUGCACUUCUGUUUCUAUAUUUUUUGGAUAACAAUACUUAAUGGCUUGUUUAUAGAAUUCAGAAAAAUAUUUUUCUUAUGCUUUCUGAAAUCCUAAACACUUAACCAAAUUCAACCUUGACAACGUUCACAUUAAUUAAAUACGUAUUUAUAUUAUUUUAAUUAAAUCACGAACAUUUUUAUUUUAAAUGUACAUUUAUUAAAAUUUAAUUUUUCACAGAAACUGUCCAUACCUUAAAAAAUAGUCAAUUGACAUUUUUUAAAGAUUUUUAGUAAGAAA